AUGAAUAUAACUCAAAAUUUAACAACAACACUAAGAGUGAUAGGCCCAGCCAUCCUACCAUUUCUAUUUGGAAUGUGUCUAACAUCUCUGAAUACUCUCUGUAAUAUAAAAGUGCCAAUAAAUAUAUAUUCUGGCGCAGACCAAUUACAUGAUGGUAUACAGAUAUCAGCUAAUGCGAUUGAAGGAGUCCGAUUAGAAGAUUCAAAAUACUGGACAUUAGUGCCGCCUGCUUUAUUUGCUGGUGCAUUCACUUUAUCUGCUGCUAUUUUCAUUGCUGGGAUGUACAAAAAAACACCACAUCCAUACUUCAAGACUCUUUUUACAACAGCUGCUGCAUUUAUAUGCACGGGGAAUAUUUUAUUUAUAUUUACAAGAAAUAAUCUGCUACUGUCUGUGUAUAUGUAUUUUAUAGGGAUAGGCACGGGCAUUGCAUGCGCACUUGGCCCUGUGUACUACACUGACUUACUUGGGCCAGUCACCGGAUCAAAAGUGGCCUCACUUCAAGGGCUAUUCAUAAAUUUGGGUGUGUUGCUAGAAGGCACACUUUCCGGGCACUUUAAAGAGCCCAUUUACAUAUUCUGGGUUAUUGCCGCAAUUAGUUUUAUUUCUUUUAUUAUUAAUAUUAUACUUACUAAAUCAUCAAAUAGCGAGAGCAAUUCAAGGGCUGUCAAAGCAGCUGGUUAUACAAAUAUAACAACCCGAAAAUACAACCCGAAAAUGCUUAUUGUUUCGUGCCUUAUUAUGCAAGCAGUACAGCAAAUGACGGGAAUAAACCCGAUUUUAUCAAGCAGAAACGUGUUCUUCACAGAGACAAAUACUGUGUCAGAGUAUUUCUUUAAUACAGCAGGUGUGAUUGGUACUGCUCUUUCAUCAUUAGUCAUGUUCUUUGCGGCUGGAUUUAAACAGGCUGUAUUUUUAUCAGGCAUAGCAUGUGCACUUUCUCUGGGCAUACUUGCAUUCAGCAAGGUAUCGUGGAGUGCUGGUGUGUAUUUUCUGUUCUUUUCACUUGGACUUGCCAAUCUUCCCUGGAUACUUCCUGGCAUGUUACUACAAGAAGAGUCAGAUAUAACUAUGGCAGCAGGCCUCGGGUCACUUGCCAAUUCUGCCGUGUCUUGUAUUGCACUGGUUAUUUACACGCGCGCGCAGAGCAGUUAUAAUGAGAGCAACUUGAGUGUUAAUUGGAUAUUCUUAAUAUUUAGUGCCUUUUCACUUAUAGAAGGAAUAUUCGGGUAUUUCUUAGUACGUGCAUCAGAAAGACAAAGGAAGCAGAGUAAAAUCACAGAGAGUGUAGAAAUGAAAGAAUUGGCCAAUGCAUGAGAAAUAACCUGAAUGUGUUUAGCAUUCACUAAUAUGGAAUUGUUACUACAUACCCCGAG